UAACAAGUAUUUCUCAAAAUAAUCAGUUUCCUCAGCAUCCUCUAGAACGUAAAGUUUCAUCUCACAUCACUUAUCGCCCAUCCGGUCCAGAACUUGUUACAGAAGCCAUUUUCCGGCGAACUUCGGAAAUGUCGGCGGAAACUCUGCUAUGCACAAAGACUUUCAUAUACGGACAUCAAUCUGUUAUCCAUGGCAGACAGGAGUAUAAUUCGUCAUUUGGCCAGAAUGCGAAAUGGUCCGGGACAAGUGCACGGUUGGGGUUGAGGCCUAAAGUGAAGAGGAGUAUGCAAUUAGGAAGACAUUGUCUUUGCGGUAUAGGUCGCCGGAGACUGGUUUUUACCACUAGAGCUGACGGCGGCGGCAGCGGAGGAGUGGAUUCAAUUAUUGAAAGGGAUGAUAAAUUGAGGAAAUUAACACAGUCUAUACUGUGGACAGCAGAGGGCGUUUAUGUGUUGUGGCUCUUUUUACUUCCCUAUGCACCUGGAGAUCCUGUGUGGGCAAUUAGUUCAGAAACAGUCAAUGAUCUGGUUGGUCUCUCCCUCAAUUUCUUCUUCAUCCUUCCUCUUCUGAAUGCUGGGGGAAUCCACUUGAUAGAGGCACCAGUGCUUCAUCCAAUGUCUGAAGGACUGUUUAAUUUUGUAAUUGGCUGGACGGUCAUGUAUUCUCCUUUACUGUUCACUGAUCGUAUGAGAGGCAGAUUCAAGGGAUCACUAGAUCUUCUAUGGGGCUUUCAAAUGUUCCUCACAAACACAUUUUUAAUUCCAUACAUGGCUAUUCGGCUAAAUAAGGUGGACUCGGAGUACCCUCCAAGAGCAACCUCGAAAUUGGGUUCAGCCAUAACUCGUGGUGCAUCUAUUGUUGGACUGGUUGGUGGAGCUGUCUGUUUGCUAUCGAUAUUUUGGGCCUUUUAUGGGAGAGAAAAUGGUGAUUUUGGAAGUAUAUCUGAUAGGUGGGAGUUCUUGCUCAGCUAUCUAUCCUCUGAGAGACUUGCUUAUGCCUUCAUCUGGGAUAUUUGUCUCUACAGUAUUUUCCAACCUUGGUUGAUAGGAGAUAACUUGCAAAACAUCCAGAAAGAUAAGGUUGGAAUAGUGAGAUAUCUCAGAUAUGUUCCAGUUGUAGGCUUAGUUGUUUACUGCCUUUGUUUGGAUCUUGAAGAUGAAUACUAGCUAGUAUGUUUUGAUGACUCAAUUCAUGUAUUUAAUACCUAUAAUUUUCAUGUUCAGAUGAAUCCUCUCUUUGUUCUCACACCAAA